AUAUUGCAAAGCAUUUUAUGACAAAAGUUCCCCCAGUUGCAUCGUCUAUGGCACUCUACGAUUCUACGGGGACCAAGCUUGGACCGACUAAAGAUGUCACCCAUGGCAUCCCGCGUACCUAUUCGUGUGAAGUAUUGGACACAAGACCGGCUCCCACCAUCGAGUGGUACCUCAAUAACACCUUACGGCACACCCAGAACCCAGACUCCGAAGCUGCAGACGGAUUGGUCAACACAACGGGAACUUGGACAUUUGCUUCCAAUUGGACCAAUCACAAAGAGGUUGUCAGGUGUCUUGCGAGAACUGCAGAAUCAAGCGAGCCAUAUCCCUCAGUUAUGGUUAUCCUUUCUGUCUUUGCAUAUCCCACAAAAAUCACCCUAUCUGAUCCGUCGGGCAGUUUCCCUCCAGUUGGAGGUAAAGCAUUCCUAGUGGAAGGAUGGGCGCACCAGUUUACUUGUGUCGUGCCAGACAUCGAUCCAGGGGCUUCCUUCACGUGGACCAUCGGCGGUAGGCACAUCACAGCAAACACCAACAAUCACGUCACUGGUACCCAUGGUUUGACCACUAGCACGAGUGUUGCUACCGUGGUACCAACGGAAGGUGAUCACGGACUGAUACUGCAAUGCAAGGCCUCCAACACGGACGGUCACCCUGGCAUUGCUACCAACGUAACGCUAGAUGUUACGGUGCCACCGAAGGUAUCAGCCAUGUCACUGCGGGAUUCAAGUGGAACCAUCUUAGGAGCAACUGCCGAGGUAUACCAAGGGAUACCAUCAAUCUUCGUUUGCCAGAUGUUGAUAAGACAAACAGCCGUGACGAUUGAAUGGUACCUAGAUGACGUGCUACAACGAACCAUCGUGCAACCACUUGCAGCGGGCGAUGGAUUCAUGAACACCUCGGGCAACUGGUCCUUCACGCCGAAUAGAACCAACGAAGGUCAAGAGGUCAAGUGUGUGGCGCGUACAGAAGAGUUGCGAGAGCCGUACCCCUCGAUCAUGGCUGUGAUACACGUCAAAGUUCUUCCUACAAUCAUCAUUUUAUCGGAUGUAACUGGGAACUACCCCAUCACUGGUGGAAUAGCAUAUCUCGUGGUAGGAGUUGAUCGCGAGUUCAGGUGCAUGAUGCCUGGAAUAGACCCAGGGGCCUCAUUCAUUUGGAUGGUGGGAAGUCAGGUGAUCGGUCCAGAUUACAACACAAAUGUUACCGAUGCCAAUGGGUUGUUUAACAGUACAAGCUUCAUAACCAUAUCGGCGACAGGGUAUGACCACGGUGAAUUGCUGAAAUGUACAGCCUGGAAUGUGCUCAACCAACCUAGCAUCAGUGUCAGCGUGUUGUUGGAUGUCAAAGUCCCACCAAAGGUGUCCUCCAUGACCAUGUAUGACUCAAGUGGAGCAAGAAUACAUACCAUCACCAAAGUGAAACGCAUCACCCCGCAAACAUUCACAUGCGAGGUACAGGGUACAAGACCAGCCGCAACCAUCGAGUGGUUUCUUGACGGCGAGUCGCAGCGCACUGCUAGUGCUCCCUCUGGAGGAGGUGAUGGAUUAGUCAACACGACCGACACGUGGUCAUUCACUCUAGGAAGGGUCAAUCACAGUCAGCAGGUGAAGUGUGUGGCAAGUACGGCAGAGUCACGACGACCGUUUCCCUUUGUAGCCGUGACCCUAGAUGUCCUGGUUCCUCCGGAAACUAUCCUCCUGUUCGACUCGACAACAAACGACACAUCCUCUAGUGGCGUUUCUUACGUGGUGGCUGGUGUUGGCCACCAGUUUACCUGUGAAGUACCGCGCACCAAUCCAGGGGCUUCAUUCCUCUGGACGCUGGGCGGGCAGGAGGUCACACCGGAUCGAAACAUUCAUAUUGCCGGUGAAGAUGGACUGACCACCAGUACAAGUAUUACUACUGUUACCACCACUGGAAGCAACCACGGUGACACGCUGCAGUGCCGUGCUUCGAACGAAGAUGGCGAUCCAGGAAUUGCAGUUAGCGUAACUCUAGACGUCAGAGUUCCUCCUGUAGCAUCGCGCAUGUCACUCUUCGAUUCCGCCGGAAACCGGCUCCAGUCUACCGUUAAAGUCGACGAGGGCACAGCGCAAAAUUUGACCUGCAGGGUGGAGGGCACCAGACCAGCGGCAACUAUCUAUUGGUUCGUGGGAGAUGACCCUCGAGGUUUUGUUAGUUCAAAAUCCACAGCAGGUGACGAUUUGGUGAAUACCUCAGCUACUUUCACGUUCAUCCCUAGCCGGGCUGACCACGGCCAGCAGUUGAAGUGUGUAGCCAACACAUCCGAUUCACAGCAGCCGUUCCCCUCAGUGGCUAUCACGCUUGACAUCAACGCACCUCCAACUGGUCUUACCAUGCUGGACUCGGCCGGCAGCUACCCCUCAUCUGGCGGUGUAGCAUACCUUGUAGAAGGACAGCCUCAUGAGUUCACAUGCAGUGCUCGUGACAUUGACGCGGAUGCAUCGUUCACUUGGACGCUGGGUAGCCAGGGAAUUGCGGGCACCGGCAGCAGCGCUGCCGAGAGCUCAUCCAAUAGUUGGAGCAACCGAACAAGCACCGUAACGGUGCUGCCUACAGAGAGCCAGCACGGAUGGUUAUUGCAGUGUGAGGUGUUCAGUGAAGACGGUCCAGUGGAUAUUAGUACCAGUGUUAUGCUCUUCGUUAAAGUACCACCCAAAGUUUCGUCCAUGAUAUUAUCUGAUGCUGCUGGUACCAGACUGUACGGUGAUGUAGAACUGGACGAGGGUACACCGACGAUGUUUUGGUGUGACGUUCAGGGUACCAGACCAGCACCAGUUAUUGAAUGGUUUCUAAACGAUGUCUUGCAAAGUACCAAAAGUCCAUCUUCAGGAGGAGGAAACAGAUUGGUGAAUACAACUGAUUCGUGGACGCUAACACCGAGCAGAUUCAAUCACAGACAAGAAUUGAAGUGUUUAGCCAGUACGGCAGAUUCAAACCAGCCAUUGCCGUUUGUGACAGUUACGCUUAUUGUGAAUGGUCCACCAGACUCGCCAAUAAUCAUAGGCAGCCCUUCAAUGACUGAGAAUAUUUCAACCUUACUGGAGUGCCAAGCGUCCAUGGGUUUCCCAUCCGACUGGUCGCUGCAUUGGUACAGUGGAGAUGAGCCGUUACCUUCCAACCAGACAGCCUCAGCGCCACAGGACAAUCGGUUUAUGUUCACUUCCUUCCUGAGGUUCACCCCAACGAGAGACAAUAAUGGUGAUACCAUUCGGUGUGUGGCGCGCAAGGAGUCUUGGACUGAUCCGCCAGAAACUUCCCUCGGCCCUCUAGACGUGCAGUUUUGUACACAGAUGAUACAUAUCACUGGUUGCCCACGACGGGUAAUGUCAGGCAGAAGUGUUUCCCUCAGCUGCGCGGCUGAGACUGCCAAUCCAUCGACCAACCUAACUUGGCUCAGAGACAACGUGCAGCACACGAGCCAUGCUCAGCCGGUAUUGACGGAUGGAGACUACGGAGGCCAAGUGACGACACUGGACUUCAUAACGGGCGUUCUGACAAAGAGAGACAGUGGAGCUUUAUUUAAGUGUUGUGCAACCAGUUCAAUCUGCAGUAAACUGUGUGGAUAUUGUUCAUUAAAUGUACAAUACCGUCCAUACUUCUCCGAGCCGAUCGCUACCCCACUUCGUCCGGUCGAUGAGGGCGAUGACGUCAUUCUGUCCUGCAGCGCAGAAGCCAAUCCCAUGCCUCCUGGCUUCAUCACUUGGGAGAAGGUUGGAUUUCCGGACUCCCUGUCGUCUGUAUACGCUCAUGGUACGAGCAUCCUGACGCUACGCAACAUCAGCAGGGACCAGGCUGGCCCAUACAGGUGUCGUGGAAAUAACGGCGUACCACCUGUGGUUUACUCAAGCCAGAUCAAUGUAGCUGUGCACUAUGAAGUAAGCUUCGUAAACAAGAAACCGGACAACUUUGUCGAAGCCAACGUAGGAGAGGAUGCCCUCCUGGUUUGCGUUGUCAAAGGAAACCCCCUCCCUAUCGUAAUAUGGUCCAGUCCACUAGGCGCAUUGAUAACCAAUCAGACAGAGCCAGGCAGGCUCUUUCAGGUUGAUUCACUAGUUGGUGGGGAUUAUGCCUGUGGUUACACAGUAAAGAGCAUCUUACACUUCAGCAGAGUGACUGGUGAAGGAGACUACGGCUAUUACUCCUGCAGCAGUGGGAGUGGAAUAGGCAUGGUCGGCACAUUAAGAAUUCAACUGAAAAGAAAAGUUCAAGAAACAACCACAUUCCCAAGUGAUCAUUUCAGUGAGAUGGGCUUAACGACCACAACUCAAGGUGGAAUUCAAGUUACUACAUUCACCACCAGAGGUCAUCCAACCUCAACAUUAACAUUAAUUGCCGGGCCAACCACUGUUGUACCAGCUGUAGAUGGUUCAACUUCAGCGUCACCAUUUGAAGUUUCUUCAACUACGACAGCACCAGUUAAGCCAUUGCCUCCUCAACACGUGACCAUUGAUGGGAGGUCACAUGACUCCAUUACAAUUACAUGGAUCCCUGGGAACGACGAGAGAAGCGCUCAGUGGUUUUACGUCAAUUACCGCGAGGUACUUACGACAACUGACUUCAACCCUAGCACUCGAAGUAAAAGACUCGGUCAUGACGUCACCGAAUACACUCUGGUCGAUUUGCGUGCCUACACCGUCUACGAGAUCGAGGUUAAUGCAGAGAACGACGUUGGCUCCAGUGAAGCCGCUAAACUGAUUGUUGCCACUUUACGAAAACCGACUGAUCACCCACAGUACGAGUCGAUUGGCGAGAAACCUACUAAAACUCCUGCUAAACCAGCUCUACCUUACAAAGCUGACGGUGUUCAGUCGAAAGACAACUUGGGCCUUGUUGCCGCUGUUGUGGUGCUGGUAGUAUUUUUGCUGAUCGUCAGUAUGGUAUUGGCCGUUGUUGUCUACCGUAAAUACAGGACGGCGAACACUGACCUGAGUGUUCGAAAGCCAAUGCUAAAAAAGUACAAACCGAAUAAAGGAAAAUCGGAUGAAACCAGCGUCACAGCAGUGGAGUUGAACGAUUUGGGUAAGAUAUUUUUACAACAUUCAAAUUAUUUUGUAAUCAGCCACCCAGAUAUUUGCAGCAAUAUGAAAAGAUUCAGUUAAAUGUUGACAUAUGCCCCAGGAAUUCUGGCAUUUUACAUUCACACGGUACCUGGGAGCUAGCUGUUCUGUGGAUAUGACAAAUGAUAUAUUACAUCCCAGCUGUUGACAUUUGAAUCUUCGAAAUCUGCGCUUAUGAUCCACAUGUCCAACAAAACACGAUAUACAUGUAAUGUUACACGCUACUUGUUAGAGUUUUGUUCCGGAUUUCUUUUAUCCUUUACAACACCAACUGCAAAGGGGUAGCGUCACCUUCAAAUAAGCCCCGAUGGGGGGGGGGGGCUUAAAAUACCGUCUCUCUUUCUGGUGCGGGGCUUUAAUUUAAUCAAAGUUCAAAACCACCCAAGUAGACAGACACCUGUGACACGUUUCUAAUGAUGUUGCACUGUUAAGACUCCUGUUUCUUUUCUUUCCAGAUCCGGAAGAGGUCGUUACCGGUACCUCGUUUGCUUGAGGAACUGAUCGACAACGGCUUAUAAACUUAAGUCAAAGUUUCACCCUAAACGAGCCGGGGGAUGGAAUCUGCCCCCACCUCAGCGGCUGUGAGAUGGGCCAAAAUAACCUGGCUCUUUUAGGGUCAAAUCGAGUGAUGGCAUCAUUUUUUGUUCUAUGCCACUUAUUUUCUGUUAAUUUUCAUAACUAAUCACUUUACUUCUACGCGUGCUCCUUGAAGAUUUUUGUUUACUUAAACGAUGUAACUAUUAAGUACGGCUCAAUUGUACAAUACAAUUUCUGCAAUGCAUCUAGCCAUUUGAAUAAGCUGCUGUCUGAUUUCACGCCCACGCAGUUUGAUAGAAUCAAAUCUGCCAUGACACAAACCAAUCAAUGUUGAGUUAUUUAAUAUGUGAAAUGCCCCAGAUGAGAACAUGCAGCCGCAAAAUUCAGAUGCAGAACAAAUGUCUUAACCACAGAGAUAUGCCAACCUAGCCGCAAAAGCCUAUAAACACAAUUAUAUUAUCGGCUUGAUUACUGAAACAAAGCAAAUUUGAUCCGUAGGUUCAUGCCACGCAAGCUUUUUAUUGAAUGAUUACAUGUCUAUAUAUUUUAGAGGCACAUAGUAUGCGAGUACACGGAGCAGCUAUACCAAAUCUGAAUAUAAUUCCUAGAUUUUUUACAUCAUAAAUGAUUACUAAAAUAAGAGAUAAACAUAUUACUUGCAAAGUUUAAAAUUGCCAGGUUGAACACAAAAAACUCUGUAACUAAUAGAAACGAUAACCUACGGGAUAAGAAAAAUAUUCUACGAGGUUCAGUGGUACUAGCCCUACUCGACUGCUCUGUCCAAACUGGACUUCGUAACGACUAGGAAAAAUAUAAAUACAGUUUGCUGCUAUUGUGCAGCCGACUGUUUUCCCCCUCAUGCCAAAAAUUAAAAGGUCUUUACCUCUGUUUAAGCCGAAAUAUUUCAGAUCCACUUAAAAGUUUAUUCACCCCUUUCCAUGUUUACUGAUUCUACGGUAAGCUGAUGGCUACUACCCAUUUAGCUGUGCAACUCGUGUAAUUAAACGUACUUAUGGUUAAUACCCUGACGUAAUGCCACUCGUUAAAGGUACAUGCAAUUCUUCUCAGCCUUACAUAUGAGGCCAAGUAAACAUUAUCUGUAUAGUUGGAAUUUCAGGCUAUUCAUAGUUAAGGACAGCAACAGGAGGAAAGGCUUGUCGUAGCACCGUGCGAAGGAAUACAUCUCCCUCAUGAGUAUGUGUGGUUAAGAAAAGAACCGGGAGUAUACUGAACGUUUCGGACUGCGUGCUCAGUCCGUCGUCAGGAGACUGAAGAGAUAAUCUGUAUAAUUUUUCAUAUAACAAAUAUAUGUUUCGGAGGGCUUAGUUUUAGAGCAAAUACGAAAGACACUUCGUACAGGUGUGAUCGAUUAAAAAUUCAGUGCCA